GUGGCAUGUAAGCAGGGGUGCUGUGGGGGUAACUUCUAAAUGACGGUGACGUGUAUUUUUCCUCCUCAUAAGUUGGGUUAACACUCAAAUGCAGUUAUUUCGAACUGAGGACGGACGGAAAUGAAAAUGAAGCUGUUGGUAUGCCUUUUUUGCGUGGUCUUAUUGACCUUCUGCACUGAUGCAAGCCCCAUCAUUAAGGAGAGUUUUGCAAAGCAGCUACUCCGCACCAAGAGACAAAAGCCUGGACAUCCUGAUGAACCCAUGAGGGAGCACAUGCUGCAUAUGCAAAGGCUGGAACAGAGGGCUCGAGAGACCAGCAUGGAGAAUUGGAUGAACCCUCACUGCUUCCCUCGCUGUGACCGCAACUACGGCUACCCUGUGUAACAGGCCUGCUGUGAUCCACAGGACGAAGACAGGAAUUCCGGCGGCGACAAAGCUGAUACAGCAUGAAAUGAAUUGCAAUGGGAACGAAAAGACACAGGAAUGCCGAGGAGGCCAAGGACACAGAAUCCACGACAACACACCUAUAUCGAUAGACGCAUUUUAGAUGUCGUAGAUGUAAAAUCUUAGAAUUGUUUUUUUUUAUAUAUAUAUAUAUAAAAAUGAAUUACGAAAUUGCAUUUUGAAUUAGAGACUCAUGAAUAAAA